AUGUGGGCGCAGUUCCCAGGAAGAUUUUCUCCUUCAUGCCACGAUCUUCGUAUGCUAAGCUCAAGAGAGAUUUUCUCCUUCAUGCCACGAUCUUCGUAUGCUAAGCUCAAGGUGAUUCCCAGGAAGAUUUUCUCCUUCAUGCCACGAUCUUCGUAUGCUAAGCUCAAGUUGGGGCCACACGCAGGCCUGACACCCCUCAGUAGUUCUGCCUCGGGAACUGAUGAUCCCACACCCAUCCCCACGCCCAUACUUACACCCAUACCCACACCCGUUCCCAAAUCCGUGCCUCCACCCAUCCACACCACCGAAUCUGCUGCCACCGCUGCAAGCACCGCUGCCAACAUCGCUGCCACAAGUGCAGCGGGGCGGUUGAACCUAGACCUCCCCACGCCUCGCUUCCCCUUGUAUUCUCCUGCGGCUCUCCAGUCCCCUGCUGGCGACCUGGCCUCCUUUGCCCCCUUCCGCACCCCCACAGCUACCAGUGGGGUUGCAGGUGCAGGGGAUUUCUUACCUGCUAGGAAAAUCCCGCCACCGGUGCAGCAUUCAGCAGCACUUGGCGGCCCUCUUGCUCCUGCUAGCGAACUGGCCGCGUUUGCGGCUUUUGGAAGCACUGUUCGUGCCGAUCCAGGCCCCAGCGUUUCAGCCUUCAACGCUUCAACAAACCCUUUCUUGAGUGCUAUGGAAGACCCCACAGCAGCAGUGGAAGCUGGAGGGCGAGGAGGAGGAGGAGAAAUUGCAUUCGAAUCCAAGCAAUCAGCAGCAGCAGCAGCAGCAGCAGCAGCAGCAGCAGCAGCAGCAGCAGCAGCAGCAGCAGCAGCAGCAGCAGCAGCAGCAGCAGCAGUGGAAACAGCACACCAGGAAGAGGCCCGGCAGCCAGUGGAUGUGAAUCUGGGACUCAACGUGACAGAUUCAGAUGUGAUUGUAUCAGGAGGUUCUAAUGAAGGGAAGGGAGGACAUCCUACAGCUGGACCGAUGUACACUGAGCCUGAGUCCCCUGGCUGGCCUAGUACAGUAUCUCAAGACGAACCCAUGGAGUCUCCUGCUGCGCUUCUUGGUGGACGGCCGGAGUCGAAGUCCAAGGUCUACCUACCGGGAACAGGCCCUUUCUUUGACAUUGCGAUGAAGCUGGGUGCCUUUGCUGCAAAGCUGUACAGGCGAGUGAAACCGUCCAAGUACAGGAAGCGCAAAGACUAUGCCAGUAUCGAGUUGGCCACUAUGGAGUCUCGAAGCAUGGCGGCUACAUUCCUUGCUGCGUUCGGCGAGCCUGUCAGCAAUGACAGCCGCACGCACGUCACAUUGGUGCCUGCACAUGCCCAGGACAAGCAAGCAGCGUUCUCCGCCUUCCGCUCUUCCCACACAGUCAUGCACCAACCCGUCCACAAAGCAGCGAGAGCACUGGUAUCGGCAGUGAGGCUGCUAGAUACAGUGGUGAACGUGGAGGACUUGGCGAAAUACGACCCGUCGGGGGUGCUCAACAUGGUGGUGUCAUUCGGCCACCCCAUGUGCCGUGAUGACGCCUGUGUCAAGUGUGUGACCACCCGGGCCACCCCCUGCGUCAUCGCCCCCACGUGCAUAGCCGGGAAAUGCGUCAAUCUCGGGCUGAAAAAAGACGGGUCCGCCUGCGCGGAUUUUGACUGGGGGGGAAACUCCUACACAGGGCACUGCCAGGCUGGCAAGUGCGUCAGCAAGGCCGUCCAAUCGUAUUACGCCAGCAAGCAGCGGGACAAGCUGUGGAUUCCCGAGGGAUAUGAGGCGCCGAAUGUGACUAUAACGGUGGAUCCGGGAGUGUAUGCGACGAGCGAGUGGGAGUAUAUUGAAACGAGCUUGGGGUUUUGGGAUGAGCUGGCAAGGGAGUCGGAGACGUGUUCGUUGAACAAUGGAGGAUGCGGGUCGUUUGUGUGUCAAGUGGACGUGGAGAGGAAGACGACCGUUUGCAUCGAUCCUCAUGGUCACGGCUUUGCACCUGCUCCUCCUGCGAUUGACUUCCCGGCUGCCACCAACCUGACAUAUCAUUAUCCGCUUCACCCUUUGGCCUGCAUGGAGCAAUGCAAGCUUGAUGCAAGGUACAUUCCACAGCUUCUAUUUCCCUCUCAUCCGUUCCCCCCUUUCCCCUCCCCCCACCAUUCCAUCAGCUACUGCUACGGCCCGCGCCGAGUGGUGGCAGUGUCCGCCCCUGCGCUCGUGAAGGAGGUUUUGCUCCGCCGCUUCAAGACCUUCCAUGAUCGACCCAUACCUCCCACUGCCAGCCCCACCACUGGCCGGGGCCUGCUGUUUGCCCGGGGUAACCACUGGGCUGGUUUGAGGAGCGCCCUGACUCCCAUGUUCCACCGCUCCACCCAUCUGCACUCCUUCCUUCCCGGCAUGCACCAUUCCAUUCUCCACAUGCUGCUGCUGCCGCUGUGGGAUCGAAUGCUGGAAACAAAGAGGCAGCAGCAGUCGCAAGGCAACAGCAACGGUGCUGACAUACUGACCUUCCUCAAAGGCUUCCGAGAUAAAGGCACAGGAGCAAGACUGGCUGAGUCGGAUCUUCCUUUGAUUCUCUUUGGCCUCCUGGGUGCCGGAGUGGGGACCACAUCGUCCACCCUGGCAUUUGCUGUCCACAUGCUGACUCAGCACCCGGACGUUUCUCAGAAACUUCAGGCUGAAAUCGACAGGCCUUUGUUCGAAGGCUUAGAGGAGCUUAAGUAUCUUGACAUGGUGGUAAAAGAAACACUUAGGCUGUACCCUGCUGCCCCUAUAGCUGCCCGCCUGCCCAUCCAUGCAACAACUCUGGCUGGUUACCAAAUCCCUGCAAACACGCCAGUCGUGAUCCCGAUUUUCGCUUCCCACCGCUGCCCGGAUUUCUUCCCCCGGCCGCUUUCUUUUCUGCCCGAACGUUUCGGUGCUGUGGACGGCAGAGUCAGAGGCCAUGUACUUGCCUUUCGGUGCCGGUCCGCGCAUGUGCAUCGGUGCACGAUUCGCAAUGAUGGAGAUCAAACUCUGCCUCAUGCUGCUGCUGCGGGUAUUUGA